AUGGGUCCAGAUAAAAGCCUGCUCCGUGGGUACUGUCAGGAGGCCUACGAUGGCCGGGAUUAUAUCUCCCUGAACGAGGACCUGCGCUCCUGGACCUCAACUGAUGCGGCCUCUCAGAUCUCUAAGCGCAAGUUAGAGAACAUGAACGAGGCCGAUCACCAGAGAGCAUACCUGCAGGGCCCCUGCAUAGACAGCCUCAAAAGAUACCUGCAGCUGGGGAACGCGACCCUGCUGUGCUCAGACCCCCCAAAGGCACAUGUGACCCAUCAUCCUGGACCUAAAGGUGAUGUCACCCUGAGGUGCUGGGCCUUGGGCUUCUACCCGGCUGACAUCACCUUGAUCUGGCAGAGGGAUGAGGAGGAGCAGACGCAGGACUUGGAGCUGGUAGAGACCAGACCUUCUGGGGAUGGAACCUUCCAGAAGUGGGCAUCUCUGGUGGUGCCUUCUGGGGAGGAGCACAAAUACACAUGCCAUGUGUACCAUGAGGGGCUGCCUGAGCCCCUCACCCUGAGAUGGGAGCCUCCUGAGUCCACGGUCCCCAUCAUGGCAGUCAUUGCUGUUGUGGUUCUCCUUGGAGCUGUGAUCAUCAUUGUAGCUGUGGUGGCUGUUGUGAAGAAGAGGAUGAGAAGCAAAGGUGGAAAAGGAGGGGUCUAUGCUCAUGUUUUAGGCAGCAACAGUGCCCAGAGCUCUGUCUUGUCUCUGGAGGCUUUAAAAGGUGACACCCUGGGAGCCCGAGGCUGGGGUGAGGCAAGGAGGAGAGGACUGGGUCCCAGGGAUUCUCAGGAUUCAGACAUUUGAAUGAGUCACAGCAGGCCUUUGAGAAGACAUUAUAUUCACUCUUCAUGACUCUUAGUCCUUAGCUCUAGACUGCUGCCUCAUGGGGGACAUGAUCUGACUCAAGAAACAACAAAUGGGGCUGGAGAGAUGGCUCAGAGGUUAAGAGCACUGACUGUUCAUCCAGAGGUCCUGAGUUCAAUUCCCAGCAACCACAUGGUGGCUCACAACCAUCUGUACUGAGAUCUGAUGCCCUCUUCUGGCCUGUGGGCAAACAUGCAAGGAAACACUAUGUACAUAAUAAAUAAAUAAAAUUUUAAAAAAAAAAGAAAGAAAGAAAAAGAAACAACAAAUGUCUGAAGCUGUCUGCUUUCUCCUGUGGGAACAAUGUGAAGAACCAGGGUGCCCACCUCACCCCUGCACACCUGGAUACCGUCCAAGUACUGCCCUGUGCUCCCUUCCCAGCCAACUUUCUUGUCCAGCCAGGCAGGAGGUCACAUCUCCAUCCUGUCACUCCAUGCUGCCCCGAGCUGCAGCCCGUGACCUCCCCACUGAAAAUAAGAAUGUGAUUGUGAACUUGGUUCUUCAUGUGUCCUUGACAUGGGAGAUUAGCAGGUCAACCUAAAGGAGAGAAUUCUGAGAGUGUGAUGGAGAAAAUAAAUGG